AUCAAACUGUCCAAUGUCCAGUCCCACAAGUCCAGGUCUAAAUCACGGUUUAUUGCGAGGUCGAGAUCGAGGCUUAACUGUUUUCGAUAAAAAGUUUCUACUCUGUGCUGAAAGAGGUGAUGUGGUUUCGGUUAAAAAACUAUUACAAGAACAUUGCAAGAUCGAUGCUCAAAACACUAAGGGAAUCAGUGUAACUCCUCCGUCGAUUACAACACCAUCCAAGUUGGACAUUAAUUGUACCGAUCCGUUGGGUCGAAGUGCACUUAUAUUAGCGAUCGAAAAUGAGAAUCUCGAACUGCUCGAGGUUCUAUUAAAGUACAACAUUAAUCCAGGAGACGCUUUGCUUCAUGCAAUCAGCGAGGAAUAUGUUGAGGCCGUUGAGAUACUCUUACAGCACGAGGAGAAAAUUCACAGUCCAGGGACACCCUAUAGUUGGGAAAAGGUUGAUCAUGAAACAAGUGCUUAUACCCGAGAUAUAACACCGUUAAUUUUGGCCGCUCACAAGGACAAUUAUGAGAUAUUGAAGAUUUUACUUGAUCGUGGGGCUGAACUUCCGCUUCCUCAUGAUGUCAAGUGUUCCUGUUACGAGUGUAUUACCUCAAUUAACGCUGAUUGUUUGCGUCAUUCAAGGUCAAGGAUAAACGCUUAUCGUGCACUAUGUUCACCCUCGCUGAUUUCACUCUCAAGUCGUGAUCCCAUUUUAACCGCUUUCCAAUUAAGUUGGGAAUUACGUCGAUUAUCAAAAAUUGAGAAGGAAUUUGCUACCGAUUAUAAGGAACUUCGAAGUAAUGUUCAAAAUUUCGCUGUCGCACUUUUGGAUCAUGUUCGUAAUACACACGAAUUAAGGGUCAUCAUGAAUUACAGUACUGACCUUUCAACCAGCGAAUCAGCGGAAGAGGAAAUGAAAUUGGAGCGUCUAAAAUUGGCCAUUGAUUAUAAGCAGAAAAGUUUCGUUUCUCAUCCAAAUGUCCAACAAUUACUGGGAUCAGUUUGGUUCGAGGGUAUGCCAGGGUACCGACGAAGAGGACCAAUUAAACAAGCUUUAACUGUAAUUAGUAUCGCAAUGAAAUUCCCGCUCUAUGCAUUGGCCUCACUCUAUCUACCCAACAGUAAACUAGCUCGAAUCUCAAAAAGGUCAUUCAUCAAAUUCAUCAGUCAUUCGGCUUCUUACCUUUUUUUCCUACUGUUACUUGUUCUCGCUUCCCAACGUGUUGAAUUUUUAAUUGUUUCUUAUUUCGAUGAGGAAAAUAUUAUCUUCUCUUGGUUGGCCGAAUCGUAUGUUCGUGAACGGGGUCCACCCAAUCUGACCGAAUGGGCUAUCAUCAUGUACGUUAUUAGUUUCAUUUGGCAAGAAACGGGUGAACUUUAUUCUUCCGGCCUAUUCGCCUACAUUUCUGACCUUUGGAACAUAGUUGACGCUCUUUCCAAUAUAAUCUACAUCAACUGGUUGGGAUUGCGAGUUUUGUCCUACCUUCAGGUCCAAUAUGAACUUUCCUCGACUUCACCCGAACUUCCCUUUGAGAAUAAAUCUCGCGAGGAUUGGGAUCCAUAUGAUCCCAUGUUACUAUCUGAGGGUAUGUUUGGAGCGGCCUCAAUUUGUUCCUUCCUUAAAUUGGUACAUAUCUUUUCCGUUCAUCCGCAUUUGGGGCCACUACAAAUUUCACUCGGUCGAAUGGUUUUCGAUAUUUUAAAAUUUUUCUUCAUCUUUGUUCUGGUACUUUUCGCUUUUGGAACGGGACUUAAUCAACUUCUUUGGUAUUAUGCUAAAAAGGAAUGGGAAAGGUGUAAGUUUGGUUCGGCCAAUAAUCUUCACCCGCUCGAGAUUGACCAUGCCUGUGAGGUCUGGCGUCGAUUCGCCAACCUCUUUGAAACCUCGCAGACGCUUUUCUGGGCUUCAUUUGGUCUAAUCGACCUGCACAACUUUGAACUUGCGGGAAUCAAGGAGUUCACCCGUUUCUGGGGUCUCCUCAUGUUCGGCUGUUACUCAGUGAUUAACGUUGUUGUCCUACUUAAUUUACUAAUUGCUAUGAUGUCCAAUUCUUAUAAUGCAAUUUCGGAGCGUUCGGAUACCGAGUGGAAAUUUGCUCGGUCCAAAUUGUGGAUCAGUUAUUUUGAUGAGACACUUUCAGUUCCCGCUCCGUUUAACCUUCUUCCUCCAUUAGGUAAACUUUGGUCUAAAAGUGGACCAGGUUUAAAACGAUUCCCGUCGUCCGGAUCAGGAUCAGCAUUUAAAGAAUCAUAUGCAAAUGUGAUGCGAUGUCUUGUCCGUCGAUAUGUAACACGGGAACAAAGAAAAGCCGAAGAGACUGGCCUGGUAACCGAAGAUGAUGUCAACGAAAUUAAACAAGACAUUGGAAGCUUCCGUUACGAAUUGAUCGACAUGUUGAAGAAAAAUGGAAUGAAAUAUGAUUCGACCUUAAGUCAUGACGACUGUUUCGGUAAACGAGAGCGUAUUCGGGAAAGACGACUACUGAAAGGUUUCAAUAUCGGCCUGAUUAAUAGUGCAUCUGGAGGUGGAAGUGGCGGUGGAAGUGCUGGAGGAAGUGGUGGACCUUUGAAAGAGGGUGAAUACUCGGACGGUUCCACGGGGCUGUUGAACAUUUUCGCGAAUCGUGCGAGUUUUAAACGACGGCAAAUGGCUCGAGAUCGAUGGACAACUGCAAUUUCUGCAAUUCUUCGGGAUAAAGGUAACCAGAUCGGUUUUACUCCCCGACGGGCUUCAAGUUUAAAAGAUCUGAGGGAAGAUGUUCUCAGGGAGAAAGAGUCAGUGACAACCGAAGAAUCGUUCGAGGAGAUUGACGAUUCUCACUCUUUAAUAUUGGGGAAAAUGCGAGAUAAAGUUGGUGGAUUUACUACAAUUGAUGAGAUUGGGGAGGAGAAAAAAGUUCUGGUUUCAUUAACACCUCCAUCGACCGAUAAGAAAGAGAUAACUGAACAAUCAACUUUAAUCAGUCAAAAUUCAAAAGAUCGUUCAGAUGAUUUAAUGAUUAGAAUUUCAUCAUAUCAACAAUCAGCAGCUCCAAUGAAUCCACCUCUGAUUGAAGCACCACCACCACCACAAUCACAACCAAAAUCAGAGCCAAAAUCUCAACCUCAACCACAACAAUCAACAUCAACAGUUAAAUCAUCUCAUUCGCCAUCACCUCAGGUCACAUAUUCACCUCCGACUGAGAUUUUGGUGGCAAUUGAUUCACCAACACCGAUUACGAUUGAAAACAAUCAACGAGUCAUGAUUAUCCCAUCAAUACCACCUCCUCAACCCCUACCCCACCACCACCACCUCCUCCUCCUCCACUACCAUCACAAUCUCAGGCGUCAAAUGUUUCAUCUCAAUUAAUAUUUUCAUCUAAGCCCGAAUCCCGAUCAGGCUCAUUUAAUAAACAAUCAAUUUCACCGAUACCAUUAACUGGACAAAUUAACAGAGGUUAUCAAUCAAGUGACGAUUCUGAUGUUGAUAAUUUAUCAACAAUUAAAGACAAACGUGAUAAACAAAAGCAGAAACGACGAUUAGCUGAUAGCCGACAACCGGCUAAAGAGCCUGAGAAAAGGAGGAAAUCAGAAUCACGAAUUGAUUUAAGUGGUUGGAUUUAAAUUCACAAUUAGUCAAUUCACUUUCCAUUUAGAAAUAAACAAUUAAAAAAAUAUUCUCCCAAUUUCUUUUCCAUUUUAACAAUUAAAUCUAAGUUACCUUUCUGUAUAUUGACCAAUAAGAAUUUCAAAAAAAAUAAUUGAAUUGAAUCUUUAAUUAAAAACUAAA